CUUCCCUCCUCAUCCUCCGGCUUGCCCCGGGCUCGUCCCGACACCGGGAUUUUCCUGGCAGAAGGUGCCGCUGUGCCCUGGCAUGGAAUUGUCAGCGCUGCGCUGCGCCCGGCCCGGACCCUGCGCUGGAUUCCCGAGGCUGCCCUGAAGCGCGGCCGCCAUGUCCACCAAGGUGCCGAUCUACCUGAAGAGGGGCAGCCGCAAGGGCAAGAAGGAGAAGCUGCGCGACAUCCUGUCCUCGGACAUGAUCAGCCCUCCGCUGGGCGACUUCCGCCACACCAUCCACGUGGGCAGCGGCGGCGAGGCCGACACCUUCGGGGACAUCUCCUUCCUGCAGGGCAAGUUCCACCUGCUGCCCCGCGGCGACGCCGGCGGCGGAGCUGAAACGACGGCGCCGUUCGAGUUCUCGCGCACGGCCACCAUGUCGGGCGGCGCGGCGGCCACGCCGUCGCCGCUGCUCAAGAACGCCAUUUCCCUGCCGGCGCUCGGUGCCGCGCAGGCGCUGACCCUGCCCGCGGCGCAGGCCCCGCCGAAACCCCCGCGGCUGCACCUGGACGAGGCCGCGGCGUCGCCGCCGUCGCCGGCGUUGUCGCCGUCGUGCCCCCGGCUGGCCGCCAACGGCGAGGCCGAGCCCUUCCUGUCGCACGCCGGCUCGCUGCUGUCCCUGCACGUGGACCUGGGGCCGUCCAUCCUGGAGGAUGUGCUGCAGGUCAUGGACAGGCACCAGGCCGAGCGCGGCGCCGGCGCGCGGCCGGAGAUCCUGACGUGAGGGUGAAGGCGUUGGGAAGCGGACGGCGAGGAUGAGGAUGAGGAUGGGGAGGAGGAUUUGGGGUGUUUUUCGGGUGUGGCUCUCGGAUUCCUGCGUUUCCUCACGCCGGGUGAGGGUUUGGCCUCGGGGGAGAAGAAGAGUGACCCCCUGAGCUCUCCCAGCCUCCUCAGUGCCAGAGCUGCCCACGGGAAACACGACGGACCCCACGGGAUGGAUUCCCAAAGAUUCCAGCCAGGAGGAUUCGGGGGGGACAGCGGGGUUUGUUCUCCAUGGCUCUGAACCUCCUGAACCGUCACGGCGCUGUCACCUCAACUUCUGCUCCAUGAAAUCCUUUGAAAGUCCCACAGAUGGGGAAAUCUCCACCGGGAAACGUCCACCGGGCUCUGUGUCCCUGUGGAGAAGCCAAAACUCCCCGUGGAGGAGCUGGGAUCUCCCAAUGGAGCUCUUGUUUUAGGAACUCAAUCCAUGGAGGGGCCAAAAAACCCCUCUGGGGCCCAACUGGAGCGACUGGAAAUUGCAAAACCAACCAAAAAUCCCAACGUGAGCUGCAGGUGGAUCCUGGCACCGAGGGAUCCGUCGCGGAUGGUUCGGGUGGAGUGGGAAUGCCCAGGGGAAUUCCAGCUGGAUUUUGGGGAACAGGGACAAAAGCCCCACUGGAAACGCUGCUGGAGGAGCCACCAGGACAGGGUGGGACCAGCGGGGCCUCCUCGUCCAGGCUCCUGUCACAAAUUCCAUCUUUUCACCAAUUUCUGGCAGUUUGAGCCCAGAACUGGAUCCCCCCAGGGCGGAGUCGCGGCCCCUCCUGACCCCGGUGCUGUUCCUCAUUGCCUAACGAGUCUAAUUUAGAUUAUCUGACUAAUGACUCAUUAGAUUCUUGUUAACGAACCCUUGUCCCGCCUCUUCCUUCCCCUCCCCCUGUGCGUCGGUAAACCCAAACCACUUUUGGUGCAAACACCCAGAAUUUGGGGAUAAACCCAUUUUCCAAGGUUUUCAUCUGUAAAAUAAGUGAUAAACUGAGGCUAAUUAGGCUCAAUUAGGUUUAAUUUCUAUUUGGUCCAACUCCUCCCUGCUCUAAACUCUGUUCUCCCCCCACACUCUGUCCACAUUUUAUUUAUUUGUGAUUUUUCCUCCCCAAACCAAUUCCAACUGUUUGUGAUUAAUUAACCCCAGGGAUGUUUGUGAUUAAUUAACCCCAGAGACUGGGAUGGGAACGUGGCUCCGUGUCCCCUCCUGUCCCACAAACACACCACAGCUGCUGCUCGGACAAACAACGUGAAGGGAAACGGGCCCAGAACGGCUCAUUUUGGGCGGGUUUCUGUGUUUUGGGGGCUUUCCAGUGUGGGCUGGGUUGGGACAACGUGGAUGGACUUUUUUCCCUGGAUUUCACCCCGAUUUUCCUGGGUUCCACCCACCCUAAUCAGUGAUUUAAAGAUGGAGCUGUUUGUGCCCCACCUCAGCCCAGGGAUUGCGAAACCGUCGCUGCCGGAGCUGUUUCGAAAUACCAAAAUCAGCCAAAAUCCCCUUUUUUUUCCUGUUUUUUUCCCUUUUCUCCCUCAUUUUUUUCCCUUUUACAAUUUUGAAUUAUGGGGUGUUCCAGCUUUAAUCUGGGACCUCGUCCACUCAUUUCUGUUCUCCCCCCACUCAUCCCCCUCUGCUCCAGUCCUGGAAAAGCUCCUUUAAUUUGCCAAAUUUGGGGGUUUUUUUACCAUGAAAAGGUGAUUUUGCUUUUCUCACCCCUCUUCCCUUCCUCCCACACCUCUCAGACUAUUUUGCUAAAAAAUCCCUGAAAUUAUCCCCAAAAUUAUU